AUGACGCCAGUGCAAUCACUGAAGCGCACUUCGGCAGAAGCGAGAAGAGACAGCGGCGCGGGCAUGAUGACCCCGUCGAAAACACCAUCAUCACCAGACAAGUCUACAAUACGUCUGAGGCUCGAAAUCCCUCAGCAAGACAUCUCCAAAGAGGAAGAGCGCAAGCUCAAGAUCCGAAAAGCCGCUGCAAAACGCUGGGCACCCAAUCUUCAAAGGCCCCCGCCUCAGCUAAAAGAGAUCAACGCUGCCUACAACAAUAAGCUUAUGAGGCAUUACACCGACGGAACUGCAGCACCGUCAGACAACAUCAUCAGACCGCGAAUCAACAGGUCCGUCCGAGUGGAUGCUUUACUGGCAACGCUCCCACUUCAACCCGAGCAAAAGCUGCCAAAGCCACUCAGUCAAAUCCAAGCCGAGCACCGUGAACAAGUCCGAAUCGCCGCACUUUUGGAGCCAAACAGGAAAAUCACAGAAAGUGCGUACGCCAAAGAAUUAGCGAAGGAAGCUUUCUCGUCAAAUGGAAAACCUCGUGACCGCAAAAGUCUUAAGCGCAAGUUCGCGGAGUCCACUGGGCAGGAUGGAGUGUGA